AAUGGCGGAAAAGCGGCAAAUGGUAUUCGUCAUUAGAAAAUUUUACCAUGAAAAAAAGUGAAAAUGGAUCGAAUUAUAAAUUCUAACACAGAAAAGCAGACAAUUUAUGAGAUAUAUCGAGCAUGUCGUCUUUGCGGUGCCGGGGCUGGCUACAAAAUGCCGAUAAUUCAAAAUGUUGUGGAUUUGGAUGCUAGUGGUAUUGAAUUGACUCAGAAAAUACGGGAUUGCGUGCAAAUUGAGGUGCACCCAGAUGACAAGAUGCCUCCGCUAAUCUGUGAACUGUGCGUCGACAAAGUGAAUGAUUUCUACGAGUUUGUUGAGCUCUGUCAACGUACAAAUAAACGCACACGGAUGAGGCUAGGUUUGCCACCACAGAAUCCAUCACGAGUACCGAGUUCCGACGCAUCUUCCAACUCAGGCGACUGUAUCUUAGGAGUGACUGAGCCGGUGUACCAGAACGACGACUCGGAUGAACCGCUGGCACCUGUCACGAGGCGGAGCAAGCAGCCUGAGGUUAAAAAAGUCAAGAUGCCGGCCGGCCGGCGUAUGGCAUCGGUAAAAAUGAAUCGAACAGGCAGUGUGAGUCAAGAGAUCAAUCGCCGACGAUGUAUCAACUGUUCUUUGGCAGUACCAAGGAACACGUCGAUACACACGGUGGAAAGUGUGCACAACAAAAUACGCGAAGUUUUGAACUCAUGGGUCAACGGGACACCUACUUUGAAGGUGGUAUCCUCGAAGCAGAAGAGGCCUCCGACGCCGCCGCGAAGCUCGCGGGCCAAAGGCUCCAGCGAGGACACAAUCUCACUUAGCAGUCUCAAGCAGCAACAAGCAAAAAAGUCUUCAGUGAAAGUGGAAACGCCUCAACCAAAGUCAAUACUGAAGAAAAGUAAAGAGAGAGAAGUUGAAAAGCCUAAAGUCAAGAGAGAAGAGACUCCGCCGCCUGUGAGGUCAAAAAGGUCGCGCGAGGCUGCGAAACCAGAAGUGCCACAGAAAAAAGUCAAGUUGUCAGUGCCAGUCAAGCCACCAGAGUUCGCUUGUGUCGUAUGCGCCUUGUCUCUACGCAGCAAUCAGGCGCUCACAAGUCAUGUGAGAUGUCACACUGUCCAGUACACAAACCCCGAGUUGUCAGUGCCAGUGAAGCCACCAGAGUCCGCUUGUGUCGUGUGCGCGUUGUCUCUACGCAGCAAUCAGGCGCUCACGAGUCACGUGAGAUGUCACACUGUCCAGUACACAAGCCCCGAGCUAGCGUGUAACGCGUGUUCCGAAUGGUUUAGUACGCCGGAAGAGGUAGUCAACCAUCACACGCAACACCGCGUCAAACACCGGCCUUACCGAUGCCGCCGCUGCCGGGGCCGGUACAGCAGCGCGCACAGAUAUACAGAACACAUCGCAACCUCCAAGUGUGUGCCCUGGCCAGAGGUUCCGGACAAGAAGUGCCCGUCUUGCUGGCGACUGUUCCCCACGGGCAACUUGCUACGGCUCCACCAUUGCGGCGGCGAGGACAACAGGCCUGGCGGUAAAUGUAGCAACUGCAAGCGUGUGUACAGUCUUCUAAAGAACCAAAAGAAACACGAGGCCAUCUGCUUGUCUAAAAAGAAAGGCUCAAGUGAAAUAAAGGUUGACCCGGACGUCAAGGCGAGAAUCAAACCGGUGCAAGUGCGGAUAACACGAUGCGACGGUCUUCUGGAAACGCAAAACGAUGUGUCUCGCGUGCCUAAGAACUACGGCCUCGACAGGCGCUGUGUCUACCCCUACCUGUCAACUGUCAAGUCCCAACUGUGUCUUGACAGCAUGGUCAGCAUUAAGACUGAACUAGACGACAUAGAAGACGAGGAAUUUGUUCACUGGGACAGCAGUUCUGACAGCGAAGGAAAAACUACAGUGGAUUCAUUAACAACAUUAUCUUUGAAGAAGAUAUUCUCUAGAAAAUGUCUUGGGAAAGUCGCGAGGAAGCGCAGAAAGGUAAAACUAGAGUUUGAAGGCACUAUGAAGAGAGAUAUAGAGAAUAUUAUUAAUAAUUUCGAUAACGAAGACAGUUGGGAUAACGGCAAUAAUGGGUCUGAUGAAGAAUCCUUGUUGACUAAUUACGUGCCGUUUGAUGAACCGGUUUCUAAUAGGAAAGCAGAUGUAGAGGAUUCUAAUGAUAGUCAGUCGAUUUUAGACCUUAACGCUGGGGCUAAAAAUGAUGAAAAUAGCAAAACAGAGGCGGUAAGUGAUGCAGUGAGAGUAGAUAAAAAUAGUGAAAGAAGUGGAAUAGAAACUGAUGAAAAUAUUAAUAAAGAAGGUUUGAACAAUAGAGAAAGACUAGACAAGGACAGCGAAGAAAGUGCGAGAGAGACAGAAGAUAAAAUUAACGAGGAUGUUGGCACAGAAGAUGGUUUAAGUAAUAGAGUGAGUGAUAAGGACAGUGAAUGUGGGACAGAGACGGCUGAUAAAGUCAAUUCUGAAUUAGAAAAUUCAGAGAAGGAUGUUACCGAAAUCUCUAGAGUAAGUGUUAUUCGUGAAAAUAAUGACAGUAGAAGUAAUGAUGUAGACACAGAUAGUACAGGAAUAAGCAAUGACAAUGAUGCAAAAACAGAAAACAAUACUGAGGUCUCUAAUGAUGAUAGUAGAGAAAGCAAUAAUGAUAAGUCUAAUAAUGAUAAUAGAACAGAAACUAUUGCGGAUUUUAACCAUGUAGAUAGCGUUGAAAAUAAGCCUGAAGAACGUACAAAUACUGAUAAUGUAGAUUUGGAUAACGAAAACAGUAAUAAUGAUUGCAAAGACGAUAUUAAUAAUAGCAAUAAUAGCUCUACUGUAGAUAAUAAGAAUGAUAAUAGCAUGGAAGAUGAUACUAAUGAUUCUACUCUAAAUAAUGAUAGUGGGAAUACAAAUAAUGAUCAAGAAAAUACAAAUGAUUAUGAAAACACAAAUAAUGACAAUGAAAAUACAAAUAAUGAUCAUGAAGACACAAGUAAUGAUCAUGAAAACACAAUUAAUGAUCAUGAAAACACAAAUAAUGAUCAUGAAAAUACAAAUAAUGAUAAUGAAAACACAAUUAAUGAUAAUGAACGAGUUAGCGAUACAAUUUCGGCCAAAACUAACGGGGAAGUGGAAGAAAAAUCAGAUAAACUUAGUUUCGGUGAUAUGGACGAUAUUAGCGAUACAGAAGUAGAUGAUAAAAAGCUCAUGGAUGAUUUAAACGAACAUAUCGGUGAAGAUAACAAAAACAAUGAUGAAUCCAAUCAAAAUAAUGAUUUAGACAAACAAAAUGGUGCUAAUAAUGAUGUCACAAAUGCCUGUGAGGACAGAGAAAAUUUAACAGAUCAUGAAAGAGCAAUCAAUGAUUUGAUUUCUGAAAAUAAUGAUAAGUCAAAUUACAAUCAUGUUGCUGACAGUAAUGAUAAAGUUACUGGGAAUAAUGAUGUUAAUGAUUAUGAAGCGGAUAAGAUUUCAUUGGAAGACCUCUUGCCGCCGAAGUCCGAUGCGAAAUCAAUGGAUUUAGAUAGCAUAUCGGAUGACGAAUUUGAUUUUGAUGCGUGUUAACCUACCGCAGAAAAAAAUCAACUUGAGGGCUUACGUCCGUAUUCACAAACGAUGCUUGCUUAAGUGAAGCAGCAAAUUGAACGCCCAGCGUUGAAUAGAACUCUGUGAUUGAUUCGUGUGUCACCCUGUGAGUCCACGCGCACUGUGAGACCUCAUAGUAAUGUUUGUGAAUACGGGCGUAAAUAUAUCACAUAACUGAAUUUUAUUUAAAUUCUUCUGAGAAUCCUAAAGGGAACUGGAUAUUUUUUUUUAUUGUGUAAUUAUUUUUUACUUAUGUAUACUCAAAAGGAGUAUUGCUUUUAGUUAAACAAGCUUCACAAUUGAUUUGUUAGUUUUAUUAAGUUAGUGUUUGAGGGUUUUCGCGAAUGAAAAAUCCGCCAGAUGGCAAUACGUAGACGCGAGGUCCAAAUGCUGCAUGAUUGGUUAUUUUUGACAUGACAUUGACAGAUAUGUCAAAAUCCACCAAUCACGCAGCAGUCAGACCCCACAUCCACGUCCCGCCAUCUAGCGGAUCAGACAUACAUGGCGGCUCAUGGUCUGACACUAGAGUUGUGACAUUGUUGCAACGGUAAAAGAAAAUUAUUUUGUGCUGUUUUUCCAAGAAUUGUGCAAGUGCUCAUCGAAUUUUAAAGUAAAAUUGUAAAUUUUUCGAACAACCUCUGUAACUUAAGAAUUAGCCUUGUUUAUAAGCGUAUAUUUUAGUUAAGUUUAGUACAGUUAGCUACAAAUAGUUCGUGACUCCCAAACUAGCCAAAAAGUUGACAAAAACCUUAUUUCGAUUGUAACAAACACGUGUUGCGAACUUUUUGGCUACUUUGGGUGUCACGAACUAUUUGAUGCUGACUGUACUUAUGUGUAUGAAAGAAAAUUAGGAUAUUAUUUAAUUUUUUGUACCAUUAGAGAAUGGUUUUGGAAUUAAGGGUCAAAAGUAGUUGUCAACUUUUUAAUUCAUAAGAUAAAACGUUUUACACAAAAUACUGUUCAGUUUUUUCUCACUAUAUUUUAAUUUAUGAGGAAAUGUAGAUCGUUUCAUCCACUCGGACGCGCCCCACUAAUGUUCUGUCUCGGUCGCGCGGGGUGCGGGGAGUGUGGUCCGAGCAAGCCGUAAGGCAUUACUGUAGUGUGCGUGUGCACUCAUGGAGCAUUAGCGUGUACCGAUAACACUCAAACAUAAGCGGAAGAAUGGUGGGGCGCGUCUUCGUGGAUGAAACGAUCUAAAUAUGCUUGUAUUAGGAACGAGUUCACAACAGUCCAGCGGUCGAUAGGGAUUGAACUUCCGACUCUAGAAUCAGCCAUUUAUCAUUAAUUUUAAGUAUAAAAGCAUUGUAAUUAUUUAUUUGCUUUUUUCUUGAGUUUAUAGUCCACUGUGGCGUCACUAAGUUAGUCCAUAAAACAAAAAAUAGUUUCAUACUAAAUAGAGUGUAAUUUUUGAUAUUGUGAAAGUAAGUUUACGUCUGGUAACUAUAUAUUUUAUUGUAAAUACAUUUAAAUACAUAAUUAUGUUUCAUA